GGUGGGACCUAGGAUUUGCGCAAAACCGCGCGCAAGGGGAGGGAUUCCCGUAUGUGCACGCGCCUCGUGCACGCGCUGUGCACCACGUGACUUGGCAUCGCCAAUUGCGGUGCGUUAUAAUGUGGGGGUGACGCGCGCGCACGAGAUAAGCGAGCGAGCGAGUGAAAAAGCCACCGGAGAGAAAAAGAGCGGGAGAGACGGCACCAUGUCUGAGGAGAAGCCCAAGGAAGGUGUAAAGACUGAAAAUGAUCACAUCAAUCUCAAGGUGGCAGGGCAGGAUGGAUCUGUCGUCCAGUUUAAAAUAAAGCGACACACUCCUCUCAGCAAGUUAAUGAAAGCAUACUGUGACAGACAGGGUUUGUCAAUGAGACAAAUACGGUUCAGGUUUGAUGGUCAGCCUAUAAAUGAAACGGACACCCCUGCACAGCUGGAGAUGGAGGAUGAAGAUACUAUUGAUGUAUUUCAACAACAGACAGGUGGCGUGUGCUAAGCUCCUUCACCAGAAAGGAUGAAGCCCAACGAGCCUUCUUGCACCAAACUUCCCACUUCUUUCCUUCAAAACAAUGAACAUGCUGAUCACACAACAUUUCUGAAAACGUUAGCGGACUAUCCAGAAAAUGUUUUGAUUUAUCUGUUUUUUCUUUUUUGCCCUACUUGCAAGCGUUGGAAGUUUUGUUGUUAAGAGGGCCAAUAUCAAGAAUCAAUAUUUCCUG